AAAUCUAUUUGACGUUGUAUGAAUGAAUGUGUAGUGGUCCAACAACAACAGCAACAAAAAGGAAAGAAUGUUAUUUCAGCUAACCAUAUUGAUAAUGAUGAUGUUUGUUGGAUCAUCAUUUGAACAACAGCAAUUAAUAUUAACAAAUAAAACUAUAUGUAAUGAUAAACGUAUUGAACAUAUUGAUCGAUUAUUUAUACGUUUAAUUGGUAUUGGUAAAGGUGGUCGUCAUUAUCCAACAACCAAAAAUGAUGUUGGUCCAUUUUGCAGGGAAACUGAUCGAAUAAUAAGUAUAGUUGAAAAAUUUCUAAACGAAUGUCUUCGUGAUGAUGCAUCAAGUAUAAGUAAAAUAUUUCUUUAUAGUACAAAAAGAUAUUGGAAAACAUUUUGUAAUAAAAAACGACGACAACAACAACAAAAUAAAAAACAACAAAAAUUAUUACAAGUAUCCGAAUGUUUCAAUACGAUUAUUGAACAAAUUGAUUGUUUAAAUAUAUUUGCUAAUCGUACACGUGAUCUAAUACAAUAUCGUAUCGGUUUGAAUAAAGUUGAUUAUAUUUGUUGCAAUCAAGUAGAAUUAUUACGUUGUGCUGAUCGUUUAUUAACAUCAACAUCGUGUAUAACUGAAAAUGGUCAUGAAACAUUAAUGGAUCUAUUUCGUACAAUAAAAGGUGAUAUUGUUAAUUAUGGUUGUGGUGAUUAUAAUGAAUUUACUGAUUUAUGUGAUAAAUUAAAACCAUUAUCACGUAAACAAUUGGAUAAAACUAUUAUAAUUAAUAAACAAUUAAAAUCAUUUUUCUUUGCCGUUUUAAUGGCAAUCGAUUCUAUUACAUUGUAAA